AGCGCGGGAAGUCCGGAUUGUGCGCCCUGGCUGCUGCAACUCGAGCAUGAGUCUCGAGCGCGAGCUUCGCCAGCUGAGCAAGGCCAAGGCCAAGGCACAGAGCGGCGGGCAGCUGCGGGAUGAGGCCGCCUGCUGCCACCAGCUGGGGGAGCUCCUGGCCAGCCAUGGCCGCUACGCAGAGGCCUUGGAGGAGCACCGGCAGGAGCUGCAGCUGCUAGAGAGCGCUGACGACCGCCUGGGCUGCGCCAUAGCCCACCGCAAGAUCGGAGAGCGCCUGGCAGAAAUGGAGGACUACUCGGCAGCCCUGCAGCAUCAGCACCAAUACCUGGAUCUGGCCCAUUCCCUGUCCAACCACACAGAGCUGCAGAGGGCCUGGGCUACCAUUGGUCGUACCCAUCUGGACAUCUAUGACCACUGCCAGCUGAGGGAUGCCUUGCUGCAGGCCCAGGCUGCCUUUGAGAAAAGCUUGGCUAUUGUGGAUGAGAAACUGGAGGGGACAUUGGCCCAGAGAGAACUGAGCGAGAUGAGGACCCGGCUCUACCUCAACCUGGGCCUUACCUUUGAGAGUCUGCAGCAGACAGCUCUGUGCCAUGACUACUUCAAGAAGAGCAUCUUUCUUGCUGAGCAGAACCACCUGUAUGAGGACCUGUUCCGAGCCCGCUACAACCUGGGCACCAUCCACUGGCGUGGGGGGCAGCACUCCCAGGCCAUGCGCUGCCUGGAGGGAGCCCGAGAGUGUGCCCGCGCUAUGAGACAGCGGUUUUUGGAGAGCGAGUGCUGUGUGGCGAUCUCACAGGUCCUCCAAGAUCUGGGGGACUUUUUGGCUGCCAAAAGAGCCCUGAAGAAGGCCUGUAGGCUGGGCUCCCAGAAGCCUGUGCAGAAGGCAGCAGUCUGCCAGAGCCUCAAGUAUGUGCUGGCAGUGGUCCAGCUGCAGCAACAGCUAGAGGAAGCUGAGGACAGUGACCCUCUGGGUGCUAUGGCCAUCUGUGAGCAGCUCGGGGACCUCUUCUCCAAAGCAGGCGAUUUCCCCAAGGCAGCCACGGCCUACCAGCAGCAGCUGCAUUUGGCUGAGCUGCUGAACAGACCGGGGGCAGAGCUGGCUGUCAUCCAUGUGUCCUUGGCCACCACACUAGGGGACAUGAAGGAACACCGUCAGGCUGUGUACCACUAUGAAGAGGAGUUGAGGCUGCGUGGUGGCAACCCUCUGGAGGAAUCCAAGACCUGGCUCAACAUUGCACUGUCUCGUGAGGAGGCUGGUGAUGCCUACGAGCUGCUGGCCCCGUGCUUCCAGGAGGCUCUCAGCUGCGCCCAGCAAGCCAAGCGGCCCCGGCUGCAGAGGCAGGUCUUGCAGCACCUGCAUACUGUGCAGCUGAGGCUGCAGCCCCAGGAGGCUGCUGGGACUGAAACCAGACUGCAAGAGCUGAGUGUGGCUGAAGAUGAGGAGGAGGAAGAGGAGAGAGAAGAGGAGGCAGCAGACAGUGAAGCCCUGGAGGCCAGUGAGGUGGAGCUCUCAGAGAGUGAGGAGGACACUGAGGACCCAUCCCAGCCGCUGGAGGAGGAGGAGGAGCUGCAGGUCCGCCUGGGUCGACAGAAGGUGACCAAGUGGAACCGGCGCAAUGAUGUGGGAGAGACCUUGCUGCACCGAGCCUGUAUCGAGGGCCAAUUGCGCCGUGUCCAGGACCUCGUGGGACAGGGCCACCCUCUGAACCCUCGGGACUAUUGUGGCUGGACACCGCUGCACGAGGCCUGCAACUACGGGCAUCUGGAGAUUGUCCGUUUCCUGCUGGACCACGGGGCUACAGUGGACGACCCAGGUGGCCAGGGAUGUGAGGGCAUCACCCCUCUGCACGACGCUCUCAACUGUGGCCACUUUGAGGUGGCUGAGUUGCUCAUUAAGCGGGGGGCGUCCAUCACCCUCCGAACCAAGAAGGGCCUCAGGCCGCUGGAGACUCUGCAGCAGUGGGUGAAGCUGUAUCAUGGAGACUUGGACCUUGAGACACGGCAGAAGGCCAGAGCCAUGGAACGGCUGCUCCAGGCAGCUUCCUCGGGCCAAGAGCCCCUCAGCUCCCAGGGCCCGCGGACCCUCCCGUGUAACCAUCUGUUUGAUCCUGAGACCUCUCCUCCCCUGAGCCCUUGUCCAGAGCCCCCUUCUCAAACCUUGAAACCCACAGAGCUCUCUCAGUUCUGUGCCAGAGUCUCCCCAGGGCAGACAGCGCCAGCAGGGAUCAGGCCUCGGAGGAGCAGGCAUGGGCCAGCCAGCAGCAGCUCAGAGGACGAGGACGUUGUGGGCCCCCCAUGGCCAUCCCAAAAGAGGCCUCGGUGUUCUGCCAACAACAGGGAGGCAGCCGCAGUGGGCACCAGUGAGGCAGCCAUUGGAAGUGUGGGCAGUACCCAGAGCCACCACCUGGGGCCUGGCCCACCUUGGGGCCAGAGGGAAGCUUCUGCCCUCCAGAUGGCACUUGUCACUGAGGAGGACCUGGUUCGAGACUGGCUGGAGCUUGAUGUGCCUCUGACCCACAGCCGCCGGGGCAGCCGCCAGCCCUGUCCCCAAAGCAGCAGGGAGAGCAGCAGGCCCAAGGCCUCAGGGUCAGAUGCUGAGGCGCGCCUUGUCAGGUCCCAGGCCUGGGCUGAGCAGGCCCGCCUGCCCUGCAUCAGGAGUUGGACUGCACCUGUCCAGGCAGGAGACAGCAGCUCGGCUGUAGAGUGCCUGGGGAGCCCCAGUUUCCCCAGGGACUUAGGGCCCAGUGGAGACAGUCCUACAGUAGGCCAGACUUCGGGUUCAGUCCUACCUCCUCCUAUCCGUGUUCGAGUUCAAGUUCAAGAUAAUCUCUUCCUCAUUCCUGUUCCAUACAGCAUUGAGGCCCACUCUGUGGCCUGGCUGGCUGAGCAGGCAGCCCAGCGUUAUUACCAGACCUGUGGGCUGCUACCAAGGCUCACCCUACGGAAGGAGGGAGCCCUGCUGGCCCCACAGGACCCCAUCCGCGAUGUGCUGCAGACAAACGAUGAGGUAUUGGCUGAAGUCACCUCGUGGGACCUCCCGCCAUUGGCCGACCGCUACUGUAGGGCUUGCCAGAGCCUGGGACAAGGGGAGCACCCACAGGUGCUGCAGGCUGUAGAGCGCCAGGGCUCAAGCCCCAUGUUCAGUGCCUGUGCUCUGGGCCUGUACCAGGCCCAGCUCACACCACUGCUGCGGGCCCUCAAGCUACACACAAUGCUUCGGGAGCUGCGCCUGGCAGGAAAUCGGCUGGGGGAUGGGUGUGCCGCUGAGUUGCUGGCCGCGCUGGGCACCAUGCCCAACCUGGUCCUGCUCGAUCUCUCCUCCAACCACUUGGGCCCCGAAGGCCUGCGCCAACUUGCCACAGGCCUCCCAGGCCAAACUGCCUUGCAGAACUUAGAGGAACUGGACUUGAGCAUGAACCCCCUGGGGGAUAGCUGUGGCCAGGCCCUGGCCUCCCUCCUGCAGGCCUGCCCCUUGCUCAACACUCUGCACCUGCAGGCCUGCACCUUCGGCUCCAGCUUCUUCCUGAGCCAUGGGGCAGCUCUGGGGAACGCCUUCCAAGAUGCCAAGCACCUGAAGACUUUGUCCCUGUCCUAUAACACCCUGGGUGCCUCCACCCUGGCUCGGAUCCUGCAGAGCCUGCCUGUCUGCACCCUCCUGCACCUGGAGCUCAACUCUGUGGCAGCUGGCAAGAGUGAUUCAGGCCUUAUGGAGCCUGUGGUCAGAUACCUGACCAAGGAAGGCUGUGCUCUGACCCACUUGAACCUGUCUGCAAACCACCUGGGUGAUAAGGCUGUGAGAGACCUGAGCAGGUGUCUCCUUUGCUGCCCCUCACUCAUUUCUCUGGACCUGUCUGCCAACCCUGGGAUUGGCUGUGCCAGCCUAGAAGAGGUCCUGUCUGUCCUCCAGGGGCGGCCCCAAGGCUUUAGCUUCCUUGGCUUGUCAGGCUGCACAGUUCAGGGGCCCUUGGGCUUGGCCCUGUGGGACAAGGUCGCCGUGGAGCUACGGGAGCUGCAGCUCUGCAGCAGACACCUAUGUACCGAAGACCGGGAUACCCUGCACCAGCUGCUGCCCGGCCCCGGCGUGUGCACGCUGGAUCGAGGCUCCAAGCUCUUCUUCCGGCGCCUCUGACCCUUCGCCGCUGCUGUACCCACCCGAGUCCUUAAUAAACGAA